CAAAAUUUACAUCACCCUCAGCUGUUCUAGAACGAGACUCGAAGACGAUUUCUGAGUUAAUUUUCCUGCGUUCACUAAUCCACAAAGAUGUUGGCUGCAAGACUAUCUGCAAUGGGCACUACUUGUGCAAGGGGGUUCAUGCGAUCCUCCCUCAUCAGCACACCCAAAUCUCCCUUCAUGCCAAUUGUCCGUGGCUACAGAGAGGCUGGAAGAGGCUUCACACGGCGGUCCAGGGUCCAGAUGCAGUCCGCACAGGUCACAGAGUCUGCUGCUAAGGGAAAAAUUGGACCCAUGGAAGUUGGACAGAUUGCUGUAGCUGGCGGUGCUGUGCUCGGAAUGGGAGCUUUGUGCUAUUAUGGCCUGGGAAUGUCCAAUGAACCAGGGGCCAUUGACCGUGUUGUAGUUUGGCCUCAGUUUGUACGCGACAGAAUCCGGGACACAUACUUGUAUUUGGGAGCCUCAUGUGCUGCGACAGCUGCCUCGGCUAUUGCAGUAUUUAAAUCACCAAUGGGCCACCGCUUCUUUGCAUUGUGUUCGAGGCAUCCCAUUGCUUCAACAAUUGGCAUCAUAGUGGCUCUUAUGGGCACAGGCCAGGCGAUGAUGGCCAUUCCCUAUUCCCCGGGCAUUGGAUCAAAACAGAUGAUGUGGCUGCUCAACUGUGGAAUACUUGGCCUGGCUAUUGCACCUGUUGGUGCUCUGGGUGGGGCUCUGGCCAUCAGGGCAGCUUGGUACACAGCUGGUAUUGUAGGAGGUCUGAGUACCGUGGCUGUCUGUGCCCCAAGUGACAAGUUCCUCAACUGGGCAGGACCACUGGGUAUUGGCCUGGGUGGUGUCUUCGUGGCUUCCCUGGGCUCGGCUUUCUUGCCCCCAACCUCGGCCCUCGGCCUUUCUCUCUAUUCCAUCUCCCUUUAUGGUGGCCUUUUACUCUUCUCGGCCUUCCUCUUGUAUGAUACACAGAAGGUCAUCCGGAAAGCUGAGACCCACCCCAACAUGUGGGGAGUCAUGCCCUAUGACCCCAUCAACAUGUCCCACCACAUUGUGCUGGAUGUGGUCAACAUCUUCGUGCGAAUGGUCCAGAUUCUGGCCAUGGGAGGAGGAAGAAGGAAGUAAUUGCCAAGCAUGAUUCCUUCUUGUUAGUCUCAUGGCUGACUUGUGGAUUAAGGCUUACUUUAAAAUUGUAGUAUUUUUAAGUGUUAUGUUUUUUAUUAUGGCAAUGAUGAUGAUGAUUAUUAAGUUAUAUGAAUGUCAUGGUGACACUACUGUUGAAGUUCAUUGCUAUUUUGUUUAUACUGAAAAUUUUUGUAAGCACAUUUUUUUUUCUUCACAAUAAGUAGCAUUUGUUUAAAGAAACGGAAUAUAUGAAUUAUAUCUGUCAUAUUAUUUUCUGGUUAUAAUAUGUAUGAUGUAUUAAUGCUUUAAUUCUUUACUGCAUGUAGAUUUAUUUGAUAUUGCAGUGGUGGUGUAUGUAAAGCAUUAUUUAUUUUUUUCGCUCAGCCAAGCAAUUAUUCAUUUCUUAAACAAACAUCAUCAUUGUUGAAUGGAAGAAAGUUUCUGCUUUUUAGUCAGAUUCAAAAUAUUAUUUUCUAUUAUUUUUUUUGUCCUUGGCAAUCUUUAUUUGUUUUUGAUUAGAGAAAGGAAUUGUCAGUGUUUAAGAUCUAAGUGUUACAGUCAUACUGGCUCAUAUCGAUAUGAUACUAGAUUAUACUCAAGUGAUGUAGAUGUUCAACUGAUUUGGAGAGCAUAUAAUCACAGAAAACUUAAAGAAGUAGAGACAUCUGAUACAGCAAACAAAUGAGAGAAAGUGAAUUCUAGAAAAGAGCAUCUGAACAAGAGAAAUGCUGAGAUUGAUACACGAAAGUACUUAUGGUAUAGAUUACAGGACUAAUAGUGCAGCACUGUUUAUUCAGCUUUCCUUGCAAGGAUAUGUGUCUUUGAAUAUGUAUAUAUCUGUUAAUAAAAUUUAAUUUGUCUU